GUCUCUCCCUGAGCGCUUGUUAAAGGGCGCACCUUGAAGUUCAGGCGGCGGGGAAGGAGUUAAUCGGAGAUCCGCGGAAGGGAAACACCCCUCUUGGGCUGCAGCGUAGCCCGUGAGUCAGUUUCACCUGAAACCUGUCGGCAGGUAGGGGGAAAAAAACCCGAAAAGGGAAACAGAUCGCAGAGGUCCGAGCGAGGGAGGAAGUCGUCGCACAAAACCGAAGGGAAAGCGCCCAGGGAGCCUCACUCUUCCGAUCCCCGGACACGCGCCCGCCGCCCGCAAUUCUCUCCGAAGGAGGAACCGAAAGGAAACGUCGCCGUCCCGCAUCGCCAGUUGGACUUUUUGGGAACAGGCGAGCCAGAGUUUAAAAAUAAAAUAAAAUCUGGGGGGGGAACAGUUUUUUUUAAAGAAAUACUCUUCGGGCUAAUGAGCCACAAGUAGAGGGGAGGGCAAACAACUCCCUUUCAGCUGCUUUCCUAGUCGACGGCGCGGUCGACUCUCCUUGGCAAGCCCUUCUGCGCUUUGCCUGCUUUCCGCUCCUCGAAGCGCACCGCCCUCGCUCGGCUGCGGAGAUCCACCGCCUGCGAGGAAGAAGGGGCUCCGCCUGCGCCACAAUGCUCCCCCGUCGGAUUCAUGUCCAGGCUGGGCUGCUGCUUCAGCUCGCCGCGGCUGCCUUGGUAGCCGUCGGGCAGGAAGAGGCGGCGGAAGGAGUCUCCUUCGGAGACAAGUGCCAGGCCCAUUUCACGGCCGGCUUGCCCGACUUCGUCCUGGACACGGACGCCUCGGUGGAAAACGGAGCCACUUUCCUGUCGUCGCCGUCGGUGGAGCGGGGCCGCGACUGCGUGCGGGCCUGCUGCAAGCACCCGCAGUGCAACCUGGCUCUGGUGGAGAAGAUCCCUGGAGGGGACGGGGAAGACGGAAUCCACAGCUGCUUCCUCCUCGACUGCCUCUACGAGCAGGCCUUCGUCUGCAAGUUUGCCCGGAAGGAUGGCUUCCUCAACUAUGUCAAGAAGGACGUGUACGAGGCCUAUGUGGCCAUGCGGGGGAAAGGCCAUCGGGAUGAUCGGCCACCUGUGGCCCGUGCAUGGAUGGAGAUGAAAGUGCAGCCUAACGAGCCGGUGACGCUGAGGGGUUCAGAAAGUUUUGAUGACAUUGGUAUUGUGAAUUAUGAAUGGACACUUCUCUCUGGUGAUGACUCUCUGGUGAUGGAGAAAGAGACAGAUCAUGUGGUGCUCACCAACCUGCAAGAAGGGACUUACAUCUUCCAGCUGACUGUGACAGAUACUUCUGAACAGAAGGGCUCUACUAAUAUCACCGUCACCGUGCUGAAUGCUGAGCAGACUGUAGAGCACUGCUUGGCGCCUUAUAAGGUGGGACGUUGCCGGGCUAGCUUUCCUCGCUGGUACUACAAUCCAGAAACGCAGCAGUGUCAGGAAUUCACCUUUGGGGGUUGCAAACCCAACAAGAACAAUUACAUACGAGAAGAAGAAUGUAAACUUGCCUGCAAGAAUGUCCAAGGUGCUGUUGAAAAGCGAAAUGAGCCAGUGUGCAAUGAAAACUGCCUGCCCUACUCUUUCAAAUGUGACGAUGGCUGCUGUAUUGACAGCUUCCUGGAAUGUGAUGAAACUGCAGAUUGUUCAGAUGGGUCAGACGAGAAGUUAUGUGAUUCGUAUGUUCAAGGGUUCAAUAGAUUACGUGAUAUCAAUGUUACCACCAGCCAAAGUCACUGUGUGGAUAUGCCAGAUACUGGGAGAUGUGACGAUAGCAUACCUCGCUGGUAUUACAACCCGUUUGCUCAGAAAUGCCGUCGCUUCACCUAUGGAGGCUGUGAAGGCAAUAAGAAUAAUUUUGAGGAGGAGGAAGUGUGUAUGAAAUCUUGCAAAGGUGUCACAAAGGAAGAUCUGAUUGGCCAGAGGUGGAGCACCUAUGAGGCCCGGCAGGCGGGUUUAAGUUCUUUCGAAGCGGCCAUUGCCGUACUCCUGGGCGUAUGCAUAAUGAUAGUGUUGGCAAUCCUUGGCUACAUUUUCCUGAAGAACAGAAAGACUUACCGACGGCGGCGCCAGCCAGCUACUGCCGCCAACUCCACUCUCUCCUCUGUGCUCUCCACCACCGAGGACACCGAGCACCUCGUCUACAACAGUACUACGAAGCCUAUUUGAUCUGGAAGAGCUGCCUUCCACUUCUGGGAGUGGGACAGUUGCUUGACUGAUGAUACUUCUGAAACAAAAGCCUGUGGCUGAAGGAUGUCCCUCUUCCUCCAUGCUUCCUUCCUUAGACUGUCAAAUUCCAGCCAUCUUACUGCCCCUAGCCAUUGUUCUGACUAUGUGACAGCUUCUGAGGAAGAGGAAGGACAGUAUCCCACCCCCACCCCCUUUUGUAAUGACAACAGUGGCUCACUGUUGCUGUCAGAGGAAGCUGUCACUGAGGGCUUACUGUACCUAUUUGAAGGAGUCGUGGUUUGAUUUUUGGUGUGGAUUUCAUCCCUUCACAAACCUGCUCAAAUCUACAUUUCGUGUGUGUGUGUGAUGGAACUUCUCCCUAGUUCCUCCUUGUUUCUCUUGCAAGUCCUGCCAUCUUAGAGCCACCCUCUCUGUGCAAAGGGUCUCUAAGUAGUUCAAACCUCAUGGUACUUCUGAGAGUCUUGAGCAGGUUCUCAUACUUGAUCAUUGUGAGCUCAGGGUUGCACAUGGCGGACUUUCUCGCAAGAUGAUAUCAAAAAGAAGCUUGAUACACCGCUGGAGUGAAUCUGGCCUCUUCCCAAAUAUAUUGCAGCCCUUGUUGCAUGUUAAUCACUAGGCAUGAUGCAGUGCACGUAACAUAAAAUAUAUAGUAUGACCAUAAGUUUUAAACAUAAUUUGAACAUAUUAAGAAGUGCAGCUGAAUUGUUCCUAAAUGACUGACAAUCAGGGUCUGCAUUCAUUCUCCUUGACAUUUUCCCAUCUGUUCCUACCUCCCAAGGUUGCCAUUUCUGCUUUUAAUGUUAAACUACUAGUUCUUUGAGUUUGAAUAUUGCACCUGUAUGUAUUUAUUUUUAUAGAAUCAAAAUGUGACUAGAAAGAUGUUCCUGGUUAACUAGCUGGUCUCCCAAGUACAUAGUGAAUCUUGUGGAGCAGUAACUAUUCCCCUGCCCUCAUGGCCCCAAUGAUAGAGAAUUCCAAUUGUUUAUUUGCAAGCUAGUGCCACUUACUGAUUUCCCAUUACAUGAGAGCUUCAGAAGGAGCACUGUGGAAGCUGAGAGACACUGCUUUUUGGUGGACUACAGUAAUAUAUAGUAGUAUUAUAUAUAUAUAUAUAUAUAUAUAUAUAUAUAUAUAUAUAUAUAUAUAUGUAGUAGCUUCUGCCCCAGAAAUGAACUGGGUGAAUGAAGGACAUGUAUGUUCCGGUUUCUCAUUUAUCACCUGCCUUAGCUGUCAGAGCAUAUAAUAUAUAAAUCCAAUUGCAAUUUACUGUUUUGAAGUUGCUGAUGACAAGGCAAGCUAUUGUCCUUUUGCUGCUGUUCAUCAUUGUUCAGUGUAACAGAUAUAUUUUUUUGCAAUCCCCCCCCCAAAAAAAAUUCUGAUGUAGGAGUUGGGAAUCCAGCAAUGUUCAGAGGGCACCAUGUUGGCUACCCCUCGUUAGUCCUGAGUAUUGAAUUGAUUAUGGUUGUUGAUGUUUGAACUAGAUCCCAUCCUCCAUGUGUUUCCCUAAACUUUUGCAAUGCCCUCCUCAAUAUCAUGCACUGUGUUGUUCCCUCUGAAUGGGACCCCGGUGGGGGCUACACUCCUCGCCCAUGCAUACAUUUCCCUAGGUAUGGAGGAUGCUUGUGAAAAGGAUUCAUGUGACAGCUGCUCGAGGAUCACCAUACAGCUUACCCCUGUCAUUGAGAGUUUCCAUGUGACUCCCAGACAUUUCAGGCACAGAAGCCCUCACAAAUAUUUGGGUUAUAUAGAUGGGCCGGUUUUAGCUAAUCAGCCAACUCCCAUUUUCGCCCUACUAAGAAUCCAGCCCAAAUGUUGCUUUCAGAACCAGGACAAAAUACCCUCUUUGUGUGAUGGGUGUGUGGGCUGCUGUCUGAAAUGAAUUUUAUACAGUUCUGUACCGGGAAUGCAAAUGUAUAUAGCUCUCUGCUGCUUUGGAAAUGCCCUCUGCUAUGAAGUUGAGAGAGCGAGCAGAGAAUAUUUGUGCCUUCUUUUGUGGUGUUAAUGAGGUGUGUGUGUGUGUGUGUGUGUGUGUGUGUGUGUGUGUGUGUGUAGAAGGACUUUUUGCUGAAGCCAACAGGCACCAGCAAAAAGAAUUCUCUGAGAAGGGAGCAGCUCUUUCCAAGAGCCAGAUGUCUUAAUGCUCAGUGAAGUGGCAGAAUGAGAUUGAGAAUAUGAUGGUGAGGGCCACCAAUGUGCUGUGAAGGAAUGGGACAGGAGAUAACUCAUUAUUUUCUGCGGUUGGCAGGUUACUCCACCUUUUAAAAAUAUAUUUUAUAUCUGCUAGUUCUGCCCUCCUUCCACCUGCCCCCUCCCCCACGUCCCCCCUUGUUCCCUUUCUGCAAACCUCUGCUUCCUGAGCCCUUAAAUUCUGGAUUUCUCUCUCUCUCAGUAGAUGUAAAUUUUAAUAAAAUAUUUUUGUUUGUAGCAAC